UUAUUAUUAUUAUUAUUAUAUUAUUAUUAUUAUUAUUUUAGAGUUAUGUCUACAGAACUAUCGAUUUCAAAAGAGAAGCCUUUGUUAUAUACCAAAGAUAGACUACUAAGGCUUUAUGGUCUUGAUCUGUUUGCUGCAUUUUCUUCUGCUGCUAUGGUUUCACCUUUUAUUGCUAUUGUAGACAGAUCGAUUAUUGAAAAUUUAAACGGUAAAAGACAAUUAACAGAUGGCUUAAAAUACGGCUUGCGUUCAUUUCUGUCAAAUCCUUUUCAAUUUACUGUAUCACCACAAUUCCGUAUUGUACUCGGUCUCUAUUUCUCAACUUAUACAACGGCUAAUCUUGUCGAAACAACCUGUGAAAACUAUUCAGUAGAUCCUGUCAAGACAUCUUUAUAUAAAUUUAUCACAACCAGCAUAACCAAUAUUGGUUUAUGUGUCUAUAAGGAUAAAGUGUUUGCUCGUAUGUUUGGUUUUACAGCACCUCCUUAUAUUGCUAGUUGGCUUCAACAGACUGCCUCUUUCAGCCAGAAAUCAUCUCAGGUAGCAGCUCAACUUGCUUGCCCUGCUAUUGUUCAAUUAGCAAGCACACCUGUUCAUCUGUAUGCAUUGGACAUCUAUAAUCGCCCUGGUGCCACCAUAGCCAAUCGUACAUUUCUUAUCCGUAAAGAAUAUCUCAAGAGUACAUUAGCCCGUAUUGGUCGUAUUGGUCCUGCAUUUGGUAUUGGUGGUGUUGGCAAUACGUUUAUUAGAAGUUACAGAUCACGUAUAUAAAUUAUUUAAUAGAA